AGAAUCUCCCAGAUCCUGCACGUUACAGCUUCAGCAGCGACCACACAGAACUUCACAUCACACAGCCAAACAAAACUACGGACACAGCCAGCUUCCAGUGUAACGUGUCCAACAGCGAGGGGUAUACAUUUUAUGACGGCUACCUCAAAGUUUUAGAGUCCAUCAAGAUCACCAAGCACCCAGAGUCGGUCAAUCAGAUCUAUAGGAAUGAAGCCAUAGACAUCAGUGUUCAAGCAACAGGAGACAGCUGCUGCACCAUGAGCCAAACCUGGUCCCACAACGGUGUCCGAUUAAGUCCAGCAGAACUUGAGAGAAUGCCUUUCAGGAAAGAGGAGAAUGGCUCUCUUUGGUUUGACUCAAGAAACCUUUCCUACGAUAUUCUGAACGCAUGGAGCGGGCGGUACCAGUGUAAUUUUUCUACAGCCUACGACUUUCGGACAUUUGAGUUUACAAUUGUAGUCAAAGAUGCACCUGCUACUGAGUCACUGGUGGCAGCUGAAGGAGGGUUUGAACUUUGGUGGGUUAUAAUUGCAUGUGGAGUUCUGUUGAUGGUCAUCGUCAUAGCCAUCAUAGUCGUUGUGGCAAAGAGACACUACCCCGGAGAAACGUAUCCAUUGGAGAAGACAGAAAUCAGACACCAUCUCAAUCCUAAAAAAGAGUUGCUCAACAACUCAUUUCAGCAGAUCUGA